AUGGCCGUCGCUUAUACAAAACCAUUGUGCACUGCAGGCUCGUCACACCCAUACCUACUAGAUGCCAAGGAUAGCCUAAAAACUGGUGUAAGAAACACUGUGUGUUCUGACUUACACCUUGACAUUUCUAGUCCGCUUGGAGAUGAAUUACCGGAUGUUAUCAAGAAACUGAGACUAAUUCUCGAGCCGAUCUCUGGUAAUGUCUCUUAUCACGUCAUUGCCGGGACCACGGAACUGGGAAGACCACAAUGGUCAGGCAGAGUGCUAGGGAAAGGCUAUUGGAUCCAUUGGAUCCUCAUUCGAUGGGAAUGUGCCCAUCAUUGUAUCAUUGAUUCUAGCUGGACAGCUCAGGCUUUCUUUUGUCCUGGAUGCCUUCGAAAGAGGAGCCAGAAGAUACAGGCAAAAAAUGGCACACCUCCAGUGUUAAAUCCUCAACAUAAGUAA